AUGCCAUGGCAGCCCCGUGAGAUGGGCGUGAAAGCCAGUGGGGCUGCAGGUGGGCACGGUGGGGGAUCGGAGAGGAUGGCGCAGGUGACUGGAACUGAGAGUAAACCUGCCAAGUUUACACCUGGAGACACGCUAGCUAGGUUUGUAAUGACCAGCAUUGUCAUGUUAAGCAUUGUAAGGACCAGCAAGCUGCCAUGGAGAGCCACAGGGCUUGAUCUUGGAGUGCUGCAGCCCAUGGUGUGUGGUGGGCUGUCCCUGGCUGGACACCAGCCUUUAAAAAUGCACUGCAAGAGUUGUGCACUGGUAACCAGCUCUGGACACCUUCUGGGAAGUAAACAAGGUGACAGAAUCGACGAGACAGAGUGUGUAAUACGAAUGAAUGAUGCCCCUACUCGAGGUUAUGGAAAAGAUGUUGGAAACAAAACGAGCCUUCGAGUGAUUGCACACUCCAGUAUUCAGAGGAUUUUGCGAAAUCGCAACGAACUCUUAAAUAUGAGCCACGGUGCUGUGUUUAUCUUCUGGGGUCCUAGCAGCUACAUGAGGAGAGAUGGGAAAGGCUUGGUGUAUAAUAACCUGCAGCUGAUGAAUCAGAUACUGCCUCAAUUAAAAGCAUAUAUGAUUUCUCGCCACAAGAUGCUUCAAUUUGAUGACCUGUUUAAACGGGAAACUGGGAAAGACAGGAAGAUAUCCAACACUUGGCUUAGCACGGGCUGGUUCACAAUGACUAUCGCAUUAGAGCUCUGUGACAGGAUAAAUGUUUAUGGCAUGGUGCCACCGGAUUUCUGCAGGGAUCCUAAUCAUCUUUCAGUACCUUAUCAUUAUUAUGAACCUUUGGGACCUGAUGAAUGCACAAUGUACAUUUCACACGAGCGGGGACGAAAGGGCAGUCAUCACCGUUUCAUCACAGAGAAACGAGUGUUUGAGAACUGGGCACGGACAUUCAAUAUUCACUUUUUCCAACCAGACUGGAAACCAGAACCACUCACUGUCAAUCACCCCGAGAUUAAACCGGUGGCCUGA